UAAUUUUAAAAAGUCAUCAUUUUCAGAGAUAAUUUUAUAUCUAGUAACUAACAAAAUACUUUUCUUCAUAUUUAUAUAUAGAAAAUAAUUUUAUGUCAAUAUUAAACCCAUUAAACCAUUACCCAUAUUUGACGUUUAACCUACUCAGCUACUCCAACCAUAUCUUACCCUCUUCUCUCCUAAAUUACAAUCAUCCAUCAGUUGAACACACACACACACCUCAAAAAUGUCAUCAAAGUCAGUUAGACAACGACCCACACCCACGAAGCAAGCCUCCGCAUCCGACACAUCCACAGGAACAUCACAACAACAACCACAACGACAACAACCUAAACCAAGGCCACGACGUGCACUCUCACAAACUCUAUCCGGUGCAGCCAACUUGGCCAACCUUCUUCCAACGGGUACACUGCUAGCAUUCCAGAUCCUGACGCCGGUAUUCACCAACAACGGUAUCUGUGACUCGGUGACGCGUCCACUCACCAUAGGGCUCCUCCUCCUUUUGGGACUGUCUUGCUUCCUCGCUUGCUUCACUGACACCGUCAAGACAUCCGACGGACAGGUCUACCAUGGCCUCGCUACCUUAAAUGGACUCUGGCUCUUUGAUUACCCGGAUCCGGAUCCAUCUACAUCCGGGCUACCCGACUUGAGGAAGUACAAGGUGAGGUUCAUUGAUUUUGUUCAUGCACUGUUGUCUGUGCUGGUCUUCUGUGCCGUUGCUCUUAGGGACAAGAAUUUGUUAAGAUGCUUUUACCCAAAGCCAGAGCAUCAAACUCUGGAGUUGCUUGAUAUUCUUCCUGUUGGGAUUGGUUUUAUCUGUGGUUUGCUCUUUGUGGUUUUUCCAACCACCAGGCAUGGGAUUGGCUAUCCUGUUACAUCCGCCAAAUAAUUAUUAUCUUUUUCAUUUCCAAGUGCCAGAUUCGGAGUUCGAAUUUUUUUUUUUUCUCAAAUGCUUACGAGCAAAAGUUAGGGUAAAUAAAUUUUUACAAAAGCUAUUGUAAUUGGGAACAUCUAGUAUACUAUCGGUGCACAGUACAACGGUCAUAUCGGUAAUAUAUAUUUUCGAGAAUAUAUAAUAUAAAUAUUAAAAUUAUUUUUUUUCUCCUUUUCAAAAAUUAUUUGUUCAUACGUAGAGAAAAAAGUAAUUUUAAUAUUUUUAUUAUAUAUAUUUUUGAAAAUACAUGCUGCAAAUAUGAUUGUCGUAGCAGCUGUCGUAUGGGAGGUGAACAUGUGGGGUUGAGAGUAGGUAGAGUUGAGAGUAGGGGUGUUAAUGAGCCGAAUUGAGUUUUGGUAACCCUGUAUUUAAAUGUGUUAGCCUGUUCAAGUCUGUUACUUGUUAUAAAUGUAAUUAUUGUCAUAUGACUUAAUUUAUUUAUAAAAAAUAAAAGUAUGAUGU